AUGUAUGCAAAGAGCUUUUCCUGUCCCCUGGCGUGGUUCUUCUUGGUCUCGAUGUCGAUAGUCCCGAUCCUGACGUACGCCGAUCCGGAGCCAAUGGCGAGGCCGACCAGGCCGAAGGUCUUCACCAACGCCGAGGAACUCAGGAGAUAUCUCGACCUCGUCAGAGAUUACUAUUCCCUGAACGGGAAGGCCAGGUACGGGAAGAGGGCACCGCCGACGUCUGCCCCGUCUUCAGGGUCGGACUUCCCCGGGGAGAAGAUCCGGGGGUUCCUGGGCGCCUUGAGGCGAGUAGAGGGCUGUCCCGAAGGGCAGCGUCUUCGGGGAGACCUCAGCCAGGAGGAAGAUCCUCCAAAGCAGUUCCGACAGGAACCUCGAGGCCCUUCCCGGUCCUCGAAUCUCCUUUACGAGGAGAUGGAUAAGUUUUACGACGAGGCGCAAUAA